CCUCCCCUUCUGUCCCGCCUUGGAAGCACCACCCCCGCUCGCUGCUCCCGGCGGCUGUCGCCAUGGGCCCCGCCGCCCUGCUGUUGCCGGUGCUGCUGUUGCCGCUGGCGGUGGCCGCGGGCGGCCCGGAGGUGCGCAGCCUGCGGGGGAGCUGGCGGCUCCGCAGCGGGAACGGCUCCGUGUCGCUCCGAGCGGAGGUGCCGGGCUGCGUUCACACCGCGCUGCUCUGCCGGGGCCUCAUUCAGGAUCCAUACUAUAGAUUUAAUGAUGUGAUGUACAGAUGGAUCUCACUAGAUAACUGGACUUACAGCAGGACAUUCAAAACUCCUUUUGAUGUCAGAAAGUGGCAGAAAGUGAAUUUGGUUUUUGAGGGAGUAGAUACAGUAGCACAGAUCCUGCUCAACAAUGUCACUCUCGGGAGAACAGACAACAUGUUCAACAGAUAUAGCUUUGAUAUUACCAGCGUGAUCCAGGAGGUCAAUUUUAUUGAAGUCCGUUUCUUGUCAGCCGUUUCAUACGCAGCAGAGCAGAGCAGAUGUCACAAAGCACACAGCAUCCCCCCGGCAUGCCCUCCACCUGUGCAGAACGGAGAGUGCCAUGUUAAUUUCAUCAGAAAGGAGCAGUGUUCCUUUAGUUGGGAUUGGGGCCCUUCUUUUCCCACUCAAGGAAUCUGGAAAGAUGUUAGGAUUGAGGCCUAUAACCAUUAUCACCUGAUUUACUUUUCUGUUACUCCUUUCUUUGUAAAGAGUGCUCAGCAUUGGUAUCUUGAAGUCGAGUCUAUUUUUGAUGUAGUCAGCUCCAAGCCAAUUGCAGGUCUUGUGACUGUGAACAUUCCCAAGUUACAAACACAGGAAAUGUUCAGUGUGAAGCUUCAUCCUGGAGAAGGCAGCAUUGUGCUGCUUGUAAACAUUAACAAGAGUGCUGCAGUGGAGGCUUGGUGGCCAAAUGGGCAUGGAAGGCAAACUGGAUACAACAUGACAGCAACUUUUAUGAUGGAGACAGGAUGCCAGAUUGAGAAGUUUUCAAAGGUUUAUUUUAGGACAGUAGAACUUGUUCAGGAGCCUAUUCCUGGCUCACCAGGUCUGAGUUUCUACUUCAGAAUCAAUGGCCUACCCAUUUUUAUUAAGGGCUCCAACUGGAUUCCAGCAGAUUCUUUUCAGGACAGAGUGACCUAUGACACACUACGGCUACUCUUGAAGUCUGCAGCAGAUGCUAACAUGAAUGCCCUUCGGGUUUGGGGAGGAGGAGUAUAUGAACAAGAUGAAUUUUACGAUAUUUGUGAUGAAAUAGGAAUAAUGAUUUGGCAGGAUUUCAUGUUUGCAUGUGCGCUGUAUCCAACCAACCAGAAUUAUUUAGAAUCUGUAAGAGCAGAAGUUUCUCAUCAGGUACGACGUUUAAAAUCGCAUCCAUCAAUUAUUCUGUGGAGUGGUAAUAAUGAAAAUGAAGCAGCAAUUGCAAGCAACUGGUUCUCCAUACCUUAUCCUGACCUAGGACUCUAUAUCAAAGACUACGUGACCCUUUAUGUGAAGAACAUACGUGAAAUAGUUCUUAGUGAAGAUAGGAGUCGUCCUUUUGUUGCAUCCAGUCCUACCAAUGGCGUGGAGUCAGUUAAAGAAGGGUGGCUGUCCCAGGAUCCUUAUGACACCCAUUAUGGUGACACACACUUUUAUGACUACAACAGUGACUGCUGGAACUGGACAAUGUAUCCUAAAACUCGUUUUGCUUCAGAGUAUGGAUUUCAAUCCUGGCCUUCCUUCAGUACAAUUGAAAAGGUUUCCUCCCCUGAGGACUGGUCCUACACAAGCAAUUUUUCUCUCCAUCGGCAACACCAUGAAGGUGGCAAUAUUCAGAUGCUUCAAGAGAUUGGGCGUCAUUUCAGGCUUCCCCAGAGCCCAGAUCCUGUAAAGCAGUUCAAAGAUAUGAUUUAUCUCACUCAGGUGAUGCAGGCUCAGUGUAUAAAGACAGAAACUGAAUUCUAUCGUUUUAGUCAAAGUGAAAUAAUCAAUGGAGAAGGACACACAAUGGGAGCUCUGUACUGGCAACUCAAUGACAUUUGGCAGGCUCCUUCAUGGGCUUCCUUGGAGUAUGGCGGUAAGUGGAAACUGCUCCAUUAUUUUGCCCAGAACUUCUUUGCACCACUGCUGCCUGUGGCCUAUGAAGACAAAGGGAUGUUGCACAUUUAUGGUGUCUCAGAUCUUCAUGAGGACCACAAGCUGACUUUGAGGGUCGUGGUUCAUGCCUGGAGCUCUUUGGAGCCCGUUUGCACCCUUGCCAAAGAAGGUUUGACCGUUAAAGCUCAGAGUGCUGUCCCCAUCUACAAGGAGUCCAUCAGUGACCUUCUGGAAAGAUGCAGAAAUUGUACCAGGAAAAGCUGUAUUAUUACUUUCUGUCUCGUGGGAGAAGAUGGGCUCCAGAGUCCUACGAACCAUUACUUCCUUUCAUCCCUCAAGGAUGCUGUGGGAUUAGAAAAGACCCAGCUUCGUGCCUCUGUAUUCCAACAAGAUGAUGUUUAUAUUUUUGUUCUUCAGACCACCGCAAUUGCUCCUUUUGUUACUCUGGAUGUAGGGAGUAUAAAAGGCAGAUUUAGUGAUAAUGGUUUCCUCAUGACUGAAAAGAAGAAAAUGGUUGUGUUUUAUCCUUGGGAACCUACCAGUGUUGAAGAACUAGAAAGUUCACUAAUCUUGACCUCUCUACUGGAUGUUGUCUAAGACUACUUCAUUUCCUUCUAGAUAAAGAGUGAAACGGGAGGAGAAAAAAAAAUAGAAGAAUUUGACUGAAGCUGGAGUGACAUACACUUUGAGCUGGCUGAAGAAUAGCAUACUCUCUAUUCCUGUCAUGUGAAUUUUAAAUGCUGGUUCAAUGUAAAGAUACCAAUGGCAAACCUUACAUAUAAUAUAUGUGGUGUACUGAAAGCACAUCUAUAUUUUUUUCUAGUUUCACUAUACUGUAAGUGGAAAUCCAUUUUAGAAUAACAGCAAGGUAUGCUGGGAGCAAGGGGGAAGGACAGGGAGUGAAGAUGGGACUACCUCCAGUGGGCCACAGAGCCAGUCCGUGGGCAGGUUGCUAAACAUUUGUCUGGUCUGUCGGAUAUGGUUUGAAAUGCAGCUAGGAUCUUGCUGGGGUUUCACAAGGAUACUCUGUCCACCCAAGCGAAUAUUUUCUUGCAGAGCAGAAUCAGCACUGAAUUGGUGCUGCUGGCUGAUGACCAUGACAUUGAUGAUAUAAAACCAGCUCUAGGCGAUACUUGCUGGUGGUGUGGGGGGAGCAGCUGUGUGUUCCACUGGAGAACUCAGAAUGGAGGUUGAUUUCAGUGGUGAUCAGUGUUAAUGGGCAGAGAGCAUACUGACUGAUAUUUUGGUGUUAACCAAAACUGACAUGCUCCUGAGCAAGAGGAAGAACUUAUAAAUGAAAGGGAAAUUAUAAGUGUGAGUUUCUUACAAAUGCUGUAUUGGGUCACCAAAACAACUAACUGCAGUUGCAUCUGAUUCAAAACUAGUCCUAGUUAAAAGAAGACAUGCAAACAAUAAAAAUAUGGAUGUGUGCCAAUGUUUAUAGAUUCUGUAAAAUAAAUAGGGAAAAUGACAGUCAUGAGUACAACUUCAUAAAUGCAGGCAGUGACAAAGGAUAUUAAAAAGUUAUUCUGAGAGGCAUCAUGAGCCGGCAAAACCAGAAAAAUUCUUCAGAUUUUUGGUGUCCUGGAAUCAAAGUGGAAUCAGCAGCAAUAAAGCCAAUAUAAGGUAAGAAUGAAAAAAUGUGAAGAAAAUAUGAUUAAUAUGUACUGCUGCAGUGUAUUAGGAAAAGGGCAAGUUAAUAUGGCUCUUAAUAGUGUUAAACAAAUAAAACUUUGGAGGAAUCACUUGUUUAAAGACAAUCACGAGGCCUGUCUGGAGGUUAGUGAUAUUUGUUCAUCUCAGUAUACGAGUGAAGUUUGAGAUAGGUAGAAAAGACCUUUUGGAUUGCAAGAAGCAAAACCCAUUCAUUAAUUUGGACCUCACCUAGCCUGUCACAAUUUUUAGGCAAAAUCAUGAAAGAAAUUAUGUGGUUUAUGAUUAAUAAGUGAUGAAGUGGCUAUGCAAAUGAAGUCUACCAGCAAAGUUAUUAUGUAACAGCAUUCUAUUAUUUUUCUUCCCUGUUGGUUUCUGCAAUUACCAGAUUGACAUAGCAAAGUUUGGGCAACUUUUAAAAUCAUUGCUGUUUUUGAAGGUCAGGACCUCCCUAAGGAGUAGAUCCAUUCUUUCUUGCUGAAAAUCUUUAAUUCAGCACUAGGUGUUGUUACGAAACAUUAGCAAUUGCUUAAGCCAAUGCUUGAACUCAAAACAGUGUUUAAAAGAGAAGGUUGGCUUCAAUUGUCAUUUUAAUGUCCUUAAUAUGUUCUUUUGGUUUCCUGGUGUUGUAGUAGGUGUGUAUUUAUAGAAGCUGUUCUCUUGCCAUGCAGCAGCAGCUGUAACAUGUGCUUUGGUUAACCAUUUCCACUUGGUAUUUUCGCAGUGGCCUCCUGUGCUAUACUUGGUGACAUUGUUCUGCCUUUGUCUCAGAUCAGGGCAGAGAUUGGAAGGCAGCACUGGACACACCCACCUUCCCAGCUGAGUGUUGUUACAGCUACAGCAGCACCUGUAUUGCCAGUUCUGUCUGAUGGGGGGUUGGCAGCAGGAGCAUUAGGAGGAGUAUUUGUUAGGUGUCAUGGCUCUUGUCCUCAGUGUCAUUACAUUACUGGUGGCAGCAGUAGAGGGCACUGACCUAUCAGUGUUCUUUGAGGAUGCCUGAAAUGUCUUGUUAAGGAGCAAUGAGUUCUCUUGUGCUGAUGGCCUUUGUUUGCUCCCGGGCCCCUCUGGGCUGUUCCCCACUGAUGGCAAAAGCAGUAGCCAGAGUGCCCCACAGCCAUGACAAAUGCCAUUCCAGAACAAAACAUGAGAACAGGUUUUGGAAGACCACUGUAUGAUGUUGGCUAAUCUGUUGUCCUAAAACCAUUCUCUGGCUGAGAUUUGGCUCCGAACUCAUUGUGGGCUUGCAGAGGCCAUUUGGAGGUUUAGAGGGCACCUGUUUGUUCAUACUUUCUGCCACACAAGGAAGAUUUAUUUUGCUCUAGUUUAUUGGACCAUGUAAUUGGAAGCUUUUUCAAGUUCUGCAUCUCUCCAGGAAAGAAGCGUGCAAAUGUAUCUAAAAAUUGCUCUUUAAGUAAGUGUUCAUAGUUCUCUGUCAGUUUUUCUUGUUAUCUGCUGUUUGCAUACAUUGUGGUCUGGACAGAUUUUCUGCCUUAGAGGUACAUCUUUCUUCAAUACUUUUGCUUCUAUUAUUGUUCCCUUUUGGCUUUGGAGAUGGGUAGCAGAGAGCAUUUCAGUGACUUGAAGCAGUGUCAGGAUCAGAGAAAUGGGCUAAUGAAUUUCUUAUUUUCAGUACAGGAGAGGUGGGUUUUGCAGCUUACAAGCCAGCUUUUUUAUUGUCAGCCACUGUUUUCUUUCUUACUCACUUAGGGAAACAGGAACUCAUGGUUUGACAUUUUUAUGACAGGUUUCAAUCCAAGAGUUGUGUUUACAUAAAUUUGCUUUCCAGUCAGAUGUUACAAGGUAGAAAAACAAAAGCCCCAAAGUCAUUCAAUUAGUGCGGAAACCCCAAAUUUAAAUUUAAAAAGGCCAUCUCUGUAAGAAGUAGAGUCAGUCAGUCAGCAGAGACCUGUAAGUAUCUGAACUACUGCUCUUCUGCAUUGUGCAUAUACCAAGGGUGACUGGAUGGCUGAAAUCCUAUAGCCAUCCAUGAAAAUUAGGUUUAAAUGAGGCCAUGGGAAACCUCUGCAGCCUUGGAAAAACGUCUUCCAGCCUGACUCUAAGUGGGACACCAGGCUUCGUAAUGCUGAAUGGAGAAAAUCAACUCCUUGGUAAUUAACUUUUGUCUGUUGCUGUAGGAAUCUUCUGAAGUCAGCAAAAGUUUGGACUGGGCUGUUGGCCAUUACUCUAGAACUGCUUUAUAUCAAGACAUGAUCAUCCAGAAACGCCAGAAUCUGUGGAUGGUGGAUUUCCUUUUGAGACAAACACUUGAAGAGCUUUCAUCUAUUCAGUGACUCUGAAACAGGAACAAGUCAGUAUCACCUAUCACCUGUGCCGGAUCCAUAGAAGGAGUGCCUGACUGCAAGAGCUGAAACUGAAGGUACGAUGUGGGAUCAGCGUGACUAAAAACAGUGGUAGUGUUGUAGGAGUUGAGUCUUGUUUUUCUAAACAAACGUCUUGAACAAUGUGAUGCCCUCCAUUCAUAUUGCAGAGGAGCAGAACCCCUCUUACCCUUCAAGAUGAAUCUAAAGGGGCAAUAUGGGUACAAGCACAUUUUUGGGUGGGUGUGAAGGUUUAUUCCAUGUAGACCAAAUAGUAUUCUAUAGAGAAUACACUGGCAAUGUUAGACUGGAGUGGAGUGACUCGUGUUUCUUUUUUCUUACCAGAUAUAAAAAUACUUACAGUAUUUUUACACAAGGUGUCAGUUUCCACAUUAGGCUACAGGCAGCACUACCGGUGUUAGAACAAGAAAAAACAAAGGUUUUUGUUCCUAAACCUGGCCAGGCAAUGACUUAACAGCCCUUCUGACAAACUUCUCACAACCUCUCUUUCUCUUAGCAGAAUUCCCUGCUCAAAGCCACUGUAGGAUCUCUGUCACUGAAGAUGCUCAGAACUCAACUGGACAUAACAUGGGCAACCUCAUGCCCUGCUCUGAGCAGGUAGCUGGCCAGCAGGACUGCUCGAGGUUACACGGGACAUGCAACCUAAGCCAUCCCCAGUUUCUUCAUCUGCAGAACACUGGGUCAUUUUGGGGUGCUACACAUGAUGGAAGGAGAAAUUUAAUACUGAAGUGUUACUGAGAAGUUUAAAAACCCAAAACAUUCUUGUUUAUCCAGCUGUGAGGGGGGAAAAAAGUCAAAAGCUAAUGGCACAUGUAUGCACCUAGGAGAUAAUUGCCUAUAUUCCCAGUACAUCCAAGGUAUUACCAUUAGCAAAUGGCAGGUGUCUGGUUUUAGCAAAGGGCAGCAGUAUAAUGAAUACUGUGAUGCAGGCAUGCUGAUUCGUGGUCCAUUUGUCCUCUCUUUCCUACACCUAGCAGAUAUCUAUGAUGAGAGGGGUCACACUGCAGUAAAAUAUUUCUGAAACGAGGAAGCAGGUGAAGCAGUAUAUGCAAGAAGAUGAGCAAUUUAUCAGCAGUCCCAAAUAGAGAGGGGAGGGAGAACUGAGAAGUCUUAAAUAAAGCUCUUCAUAUUUUGCUGUCAA